GGGUUUUUUCAAGAGUAUAUUAAUAUAAAAUAAUUUAAGCAUUCUUUAGCUUUUUCUUUCUCUCUUUAAAUAUUUUUAUAAAAUGUUUCUUAAACAUCUUUUACCAACUUUGACAGCCUUGUUGUCUUCAUCCUGUUGUGUCAUUCAACUUCUUUUGAAUGCGUUUUCUAUUUCAUGUGCUGGUUUCUCAAUUCUAACACCCUAUCGUUCCAUCCUGACAAGUUUAACAGUGAUAUUAUUGAGCUAUCAAUUCUAUACAUCACCCAAAAAGAGCCAAUCCUAUAUUAGUCUUAUUGUUUCUAUCUUGCUAAUACUAAGCCCUGAUAUCGUAAAAUGGUUGAACCACUCUUUAACAACGACAAUAACAACAACAACAAGUAUUAAUUAUAGAAUUCAAUUAGACGGUUUAGGAUGUGAAGCAUGUGCUAACAGAAUUAAAAACACGCUAAAUUCGAUAGAAUGGAUAAAGAGCACUCGUGUCUUUUUUGACAAUCAAACUGCUAUUGUUCAAACAGACAAAGGCAAAGGUGCAGUUGGAUUGAUUUUGAAUACGAUUAAAUCGAUUGAUAAGAAAUACAAUGCAGAGCUCAUAGAUACCUGGACUUAAUAAAAGCUACAAUAUCUUUUCCUUUUU